UACUUUUCUUAUAGGUUUGUUCAAGGCACCAGUACUGCACCUGGCAACUCAUACAUAAUAUACCACUGGCAGCUUAUUGACAUUUUUGUAUACUUUAGUCAUCAUUUUGUUACCAUACCUCCUCCGUGUUGGACCAAUGCUGCACACACCCAUGGUGUUCCAGUGUUGGGCACUGUAAUUACAGAGUCUGAGGAUGGAGUUGUAAGAUGCAGCAAAUUUUUAGAGGACAUGGCUUCAUGGAAGAGUCUUGCAAAUCAGCUGGUUGAUAUAGCAGAGUAUUACAGAUUUGAUGGUUGGCUUCUUAACGUAGAAAAUCCCAUACAGGUAAAUGAAUGUGUUUAUUAGUUUUCCACUAAAUGGGUUUUAAAAACUAAUUACAAUCAAUACUAAAUACAUUAAAAUUAAAAAUCUAAAAUUCUAAUAGAUGUUAAAAUAUAUCACAUUACUAAUUAAAAACUCCUUAGAAAUUCCUUUAAAUGUCUCUUGAAGAUUGGCAAAUUAUCACAUCCUCUUAUUUCACAUGGAAGAGAAUUCCAGAAACUCGUUGCACGGUAUAAAAAUGUGCGUUGCCCAGAAGCUGACUUAUAAGCUGGGAUAUCCAAGUUAUUCUUAUAUCUAGUAUUACGGUCAUGAACGCAAUCACGUGUCUUAAAUCUAUGACAAAGGUAGCUAGGGGCUAACCUCUUAACACAUUUAAAUGUUAAAACUCCAAGUGUAAAUUGAAGAAAACUGGUCACGGGGAGCCACCUUAGCUCUCUUAAUGCCGAUGUUAUAUGAUCAAAUUUCUGCUUUCCAGUGAUAAUUCUACAAGCAAAAUUCUGAACUUUCUGCAGCUUCGAGAUAUUUUUCUUUGAAGUAUUAGACCACACCGGAGAACAGUAGUAUAACUUGCUAAACACUAAGGCAUUUAGUGUACUGAAAAACAAUUGAUGUAAACGUGACUCCACCUCCUGCUAGCUUUUCAUAUAUGGCUAAAUAAUAUCUGGAUGGGUGUUCAUUAAAACUCUAAAAAGAAGCCAACAACAACAAAAAAAAGAAAACUAAAUAUGAAGUAAUAUAAAAUCUAUCUUGCACAACCCAAAAGCAUAAUCAUAGCUACCUGCUAAGAGGGUAAGCAUAAUAUGAUUAAAUUUUUUACUUGUACAUUCACUGCAUUCAUGGGGCUUUUUAGGGAUAAAAUUAGUGAUAAACAAGUUAAAGUUAAUUGGCCAGAGAUGCUCCAGUUGAUUUUUUAAAAUUUUUUCAAGUGUAGUCACGGAGCUGCACCUCGGUUUAGUAAAAUGUAUUUUCAGCUAAUUUUCAUUUAUUAAGUUUAGUCGUGAAUUAAUGCAAUUUAAAUAUUCCAUAUAAACACAAUGGAAAAAAAUGGGACCUGAACCUCAAAACUCUUGUCAAAGUUAACCUCCAGGCAUGUACAUGUAUUUCAUCUUUGUUAUUUAUAAAAUAUAUUAUUGUUGGGUACUUUUAUUUAUAGCCAGUGCAAAUCAACAAUCUAGAAGAGUUUGUAAAAUAUUUAACUGCGGAGAUGCAUCAGCGGAUUCCUAAUUCCUUGGUAAUUUGGUAUGACAGUGUAACAUACAAAGGAGACCUAGCCUGGCAAAAUGAACUCAAUGCUAAGAACAGGUACAUAAUUAUUGAAUCAGAUCUGUCAGGAAUUUACAUGUAAUGUGGGCUGUUGGCAAAAUGUGGAUCGGACCCGAUCAGAUUACUCCUAGUGACCCUAUCCCUUACCUUUUGUCAUUUAGUGAGUUUCAGGGGCUGAUUCAAUCCAGUCUGAUCCCAGUAUUGUUGAUGCCAUUUAAUAUGUACUUUUAAGAGAAUGUUGACUCUGUUAUUCAUCUCGAGCUCAUUGUGGGGCUGUCACUGAAAUUUCAAGUUGCCAUGUAAUUGAAAAGCUAGGAAGUUUUUUGGUCUCCUCUAUUUUCCAUUGUUUUCUAAUGAAAGUAGCCAGGGAUAUGCCUAUAAUACUCCGGGGGAAUUCCUUGGCCCCUGGUGCUUAGUGACAGAAUUGUCAGUAGAUCCUAAAAUUAUUAUUCAGGCAUUAACAAGCUUCCUGAGAAUCACUGAUCACUGAAACUUAUUGUUUCUUUAAUAUGAGGCUGAUAAAUUUUUGUGCUAAAACAUUUUUUGGAUUAUAACACUCCCCCGGUUUUCAUUUGUUUGGCAGAAUCUUUUUUGAUGCAAGUGAUGGUAUAUUUUUAAACUACAACUGGUCUGAAGCACACUUGAUGAGAUCUGCAGGUGCUGCUGGGCAUAAUCGCCUGACAGACGUCUAUGUUGGAGUGGAUGUUUUUGGGCGUGGCUGCUUUGGAGGGGGUGGCUACAAUUCUAAACUGGUACGUAACAAGUGUGAUAUGUUUCAGUAAUACUAUUUCAAGGCUUGAGAUGUGUUUAGAUAUAUUGAUCACUGUUGAUCCUGCAAAGAUUUUGACUUUUGGAUACUUAAAAGUAUCUAGAGCGGAAGUUGUGUGUAAUGGUCUCUGUAAAUAAAAUGACUUGCUUUUACAGAAACUCUGCUAAUAUUGUUCAAAACUGAACAUACAUCUGUGAGCAGGUAUGUGCUGCCCAGGUAGUUAUUAGUAAAGCACUCAACCCUGUUCAGAUUUUGGCUUUAAAAAUAUGAUUCCUUGUUUAAGAAAAGUCCCAUUCUAGUUACUUAUUUCACUGCCUUACUGUGAAACAUUUGUGUUUUAAAAAAUUAAUAUCACACCUAAUACUAGUAAAAAUCUUUUUUUUUAUAAGAAUAACCCAUUCUAAUGAGUCCUAAAAUUAGGACACCACUGACUGUUUUGAGGGAUUAGCCCUGUCCAAAAUUCCAUUUUAGCUUCAUGUAGUUGUUCUUAGAUAGGGUCAAAAUGUGGCUAAAUGUAAUUUAGGCAAAGUUAACCUCGAAGCAAUGCUGGUCAGCAGUUUCCCCAGCUAUACUAGGGGUGGCCCGAUGCCUCUAGCAGGGGCACCUCAUGACUUAUAUAUGCAGUUGCUUGCUAACAGUUCUUCGCAAAAUGUUGUUGCAAUAGAUUGGUGUUUGCGUGCCAGUUUGUGCUUUGGUUUUUCCCAUCCCUCCCUCCCUCUUGAGGUAUAGGCUAGGUAAGUAUUGGUCGGUAAGUAUUCCACUGAAUUGUUCAGUGUGACGGUGCCUGGUGGGGACCGCUCGCAGGGUUGCCAUGGAUACCCCCUCCUCAUGCUAGAGCAUUGCCUGGCUCCACCAACUUUGUAGGCACCAACGCCUAAGCUCAUCUAUUGGUUAUGAGUUUAAUCAAGGAAAGUGUUUCAUUUUGUUUUAGGCUUUUAAAGUAAUAAGAGAGGAAAAAUUGUCUGCUGCACUGUUUGCUCCAGGAUGGGUUUUGGAGACACAAGGGUCUAAAAACUUCUUUGUGAAUCAAGACAAGUAAGAUAUUAUUAUAGAGUCUUAAGACUUAACAUUGUGUGCAUCUUUAUUAAUGUGUCUGAAUUCUUUCAAAGAUUUGUUAUGUAGCCUUGAAUAUCAACUGCUGUAUAUUGUAACAUGUUUAUUUCAACUGUGUAAUGUGUUACAUUCAUAAAUCGCGACUUUUCCUACACAUUAUUUUUUCGUGAAGAUCUCUCUGGAUGAAAGAAUUUUGUCCAAGAUUCAAAAGAUUUUGUUGAAUAAUGCCUGAGAAAAGAAAGAGAGAAUAAUUCCAUUGACAUGUGAUACAAUUACUACUUUUCACAAGGUUUGAAGAAAUUUGUAAAUAACUUGUUUUCCAUAUAAUGCAGAGUCAAUUAAUCAAUUACAAACCUGACAUUUCUGUUUUUUCUCUUCUGUAUCUAAGUAUGUCGCAGCUUUCGCUUACAAUUUUCAUGAUUGGAUCAUACCGUAGGUUUUUCUAAUGCUUCAACUGUUAUCUCUCUUCAAAGGUUUUGGAACCUGUUGGCACCCUACUGUACUGUGCAUUCAGCAGUUAAGGAGAUUCCAUUUGUAACAUCAACGUGUCGUGGUUGUGGAAAAACUGCGAACAUAGAUGGAAAGGUGAUUUGCAGCUAGCAUAUUGUCCAUUAUGAAUUAAGUACACAAAAAUUAACCUACAAUAUACUUGAUAUACCGGAUCUAGGAAGAGUACACUGUUAAUUAGGCCAUGAAUGACUUUAACAAUGGAAUUGCUCAUCUAGAUGAACAUUCUAUUCAAAGAAUACUUGAGAAUAUGAAAUUUGCAGUUCAAACUUCAUUAGAAUGCAAAACCUCUUAUUUGGAGUAUUUUGUUUUCUGAAUCAGAUCCAUUGAAAUAAUAUUUGACUAAUGAGCCCAUUGUUGUAGUUACAUACACUGUAAACGUUUUCCUCUUCUUUUAUUAACAGCUAGUUUGCCAUUUAUAUUUCUUCCCUUUUAUUAGCAUUGGUUGAUUAAAUACAGUGAAACCUCUAUUAAACGAAUCCCCACUUAAGCGGACACCCUCUAUUAUAGUGGCCACUUAGCCUGGUCCCAAAAUUAACAUCUUAUAUUUCCCUUCAUAACGAACCCCUAUUCAGUGGACACCUCUAUUAAGGAGACGCGGACACUAAUUUCUAUUGUUAAAAAUCUCUAUUAAGCAGACACUUGGAAAGGUCCCGAAGGUGUCUGCUUAAUGGAGGUUUCACUGUUUUAGCAAAUUAGUUCAUUGAGCUAUCUGGCUUAAAUUAUUGAAAUGUAAGUUUUGUCUGGGUACUACCCAGUUAUCAGAGUAAAAUUUCAUUCAGGGCUCUUGCUAAGAUUUUUUUUGGUAGGUAUAUGUAAUUAGCAGACAGAGAAUUAAACAGCUAGGAUGUUCUAUUGGGUCUGUUUUCUUAUCUGCUCAUACAUGUAGCAGCCAAGAAAUAUCCCCAGCCCCCAUACCUCAAUGACAGCCCUGAAUUCUUUGCUGUAAUUUUGUUUUUAUGAGUAAUAAGAAUUGUUGUUACUGGACACUUUACCGCUUGCUUUCUUUUUUUCUCACACCUGUGAGACCUUGGAAAGCACUAUGCUGCUUUUAAGAUAACUACGCACUUAAUAAACUACCAUUGCACAAAUAAGAUGAAUGUUUUGGUGUCUUUUUGUUCGAUAGGUGGUACUCUCCAAGCCUUGGACAAAUCUAAGUGCACAGCAGUACCAGCCUGCAUUUAUCAACACAUUCUUCAAUCUUGGUGUCAAGGGAGGCAUAGCUAUCAGUGUUGUGGAGUAUACCAUGGAUGAUGCUUAUAAUGGUGGAGGUUGUCUUCUGAUUACUGGGAAUGCUCACUCCACUCAAGAGAUGUCUAAGGGUGUUGUUAGGUGAAGUAUUCUCUAGUUUUUUUCCCAGUGGUUAGAGCAUCUGAUUUGUGUCUGGAAUGUCUUGGGUUCAAGUCCCAUCUGGAACUCAGAAAUUUUUCUGAGUUCUUCUCUCCACACAUAUCAUUCCGUAUUUAUUAUUUAUUGCUCAGAGAGUGUUUAUAAAUGUGAUUGUGCAAUGCAGUUAAUUUGUGUGUUCAUUUGACAUAAUGUGACUGCCCGAUGUGGUCCUUAUGUCAGCCCACAAAUGACCUGCUCAACACUAGAAUUCACAUUAGCUCAGUGGUUAGGGCACCUGAUUAGUGUCUGGAAGGUCGUGGGUUCAUUUUUCCCAUCUGGGAAAUUUUUUCUGAGUUCUUCUCUCCACAGAUAUUCUAUUGAUUUAUUCUUUCCGUGUUGUAAGUAGAAUUUAUUCUCAUAGUGUCAAAAUACAUUACUUCAUGACAAUAAUACAAAAUUAUGUUUUAAAAAAACACAAUGCUACAUUAACGAAUUAAAAUAAAAUGUCAUUUUCAUUUAUUAAUAAUUUUUAUAUUAUCGUCAUUAAGCAAUGUACUUUGUUGCCAUGAGAAUAAAUAUGUCAGUGGAGCCUAGCAUAUUCUUAUUUCACAACUCAUAUUGUUAGUUUCUGCAGGUCUAAACUUAACUGACCAUGAACAUAAAAUUGAAGAUUUACUAAACACAAUAUUCAAUUUAUUAAAACUUGUUAGAUUAAGAACUAAAAAAGAGGUUUUUCGUUAUCUACGUUCCUUUUUCACUUGCGGCUACUUCAACAGUUGCACUACUUUCAGACCACUACUUUUCCUCGCAUUUAAACUGAAAUUCCACUGUUUUUCGUGCUUCUUUCCCCAGACUAUUCAAAACAGAUUUCCAGAUUACGGGACCUCUUUUGGUGUCAUUCACAUUUAAGUUGGACCCUAAAGACUGCAUUGAUGUGGCUUUACAGCUUCACACUAACAAGAUGCCUACUUAUCUUCUGUUCUGUCCACUGCCAUCAGUAAAGGAACAAGGUACAUGUAUCCACUGGUAUCUGUAUAAACUUGAUCUUAAACUGGAGGGCAGUGUACUUAAGUGAAACCCUGAAACAGUGAACCCCUCUAAAACGAAAUGUUUGUUAACCCUUGAAGUCACAACAGUGAUCAACAUCGAUUUUCUCCUUGCAAUAUCAGUACAUUAUCAACAGAAAAAAGUUACGAGAAUUAAUAAAAUGAUCACCGAAGGAAAAAUGCUUUGAUCUUUUAUCAGUCGUAAGUUGAUGCUGGGGCUUAAGGGGUUAAAUGGGUUAAGCGAGUGAUGCUCUUUACCCCACUUGUAGUAAAGUAUGUGGAAGAUAUCAGUACAACUCCCCCCUUUCCAGGUAAUUAGCCAUUGACUACUCGUUCCUAACUGUCUUAAGAACGGGGGCGAGUAGUCUAGGAAUAAUUGUCUAGGGAGGGGGCGAGUUGUCUAUAAUGACAUAUACUCUGUUACAAUGUGUGGGGUUUUCUUUGGUUAUGUACCGAAUGGUGGAGCUAUGCCAUUGGUGAAAGACGGAAACAUGAAAAACCAAAUAAAUUAGUUGAAUGAAAGUGUUCGUUGAUUCCGCGUGGAUUCAAAGAACGAUUUUUUUAUGUUCUGAGGUUUAGCAUGUUGACUUGGUGUAAAAUUGGAGUGCUGAUUGCCAUGUUGCCACCAAUGUAUUUCUUCUGAUGUGCUGGAAAAAUUGGAUUCACCACGGACCAUCACGAAAUAAGCUGUUCUGUUUGUAACAACUAUCUGUGAUUGUAGAUGACAAGGAACUUCUAGUGAAAAAAAGGAACUAUUAUUUUAGUGUUUUACUUUCCUCAUGUGUGCUUUGAUCUGAAAUCGUCGUUGUAGCUUGAUUUUCACCUGUUUGCAGGAUCUUUCCUAAUAUUGCACCUUUUUAACAAUUUUCAGAUCCCGGCCAGAUGGAAGAUUCUGAUUUAAAUAACAAGCUGAUUCGGCGUUAUGGCAUUCCGAAGUCGCGGACACUGACGUCAUCAGUGUUCACGUCCCCAAUUGGUUCAGAGCAUUACACAUUGUUUGAGCCGCUGUCAGGUGAUCCUCAUCAAGUCGCCCAGCAGGCGUUUGGUGUAAAAGAAUAUGACGAAACUGGAACUAGCUCAGAAUGGCUCACGCGGUAAGUGCAGCAGUUAAUAGUAAAGGAUGAAGACACAAUCACAGUCAUAAUUCUUUGAAACAGUUCUGGAAAACGCAAGCGACACGUAUGAAACCGCAAGAACCAAGGCGGUCCACAUGGCUGGAGCUUAUUCCUGUGCUCCCCCUUGCCUUCCCUUGCCUAGUCCCUGAACUGCGUCUUUCCAGGCCUUCUCGGUCAAUUCGUUUCGGUGACGUAUCCGAGACGAAAAUCGCUCGGACCACGUGACCCGAAACGCAUAGACCGCACGGAAUAAUGAGGCCAAAUGACUAGGCAAUGCUUCCCCAAGGCCUGAUGCUACACUGAAGUUCAUAACACGAUUACCCCGGAAGCCUAUUGCCGGUACACCCUUGGGGAGGACCACACACAGUAUAUGGAGCGAAGUUUCUUGUCCAGCAGGGAAACAGCGCAAUGGCAACGAGAAUGCGCGACCAAGGCGCGAACCCACAUCUCGUGCGGCAAGUGUUUUUUUUUUAUGGGAAUGCUCACUCCACUCAAGAGAUGUCUAAGGGUGUUGUUAGGUGAAGUAUUCUCUAGUUUUUUUCCCAGUGGUUAGAGCAUCUGAUUUGUGUCUGGAAUGUCUUGGGUUCAAGUCCCAUCUGGAACUCAGAAAUUUUUCUGAGUUCUUCUCUCCACACAUAUCAUUCCGUAUUUAUUAUUUAUUGCUCAGAGAGUGUUUAUAAAUGUGAUUGUGCAAUGCAGUUAAUUUGUGUGUUCAUUUGACAUAAUGUGACUGCCCGAUGUGGUCCUUAUGUCAGCCCACAAAUGACCUGCUCAACACUAGAAUUCACAUUAGCUCAGUGGUUAGGGCACCUGAUUAGUGUCUGGAAGGUCGUGGGUUCAUUUUUCCCAUCUGGGAAAUUUUUUCUGAGUUCUUCUCUCCACAGAUAUUCUAUUGAUUUAUUCUUUCCGUGUUGUAAGUAGAAUUUAUUCUCAUAGUGUCAAAAUACAUUACUUCAUGACAAUAAUACAAAAUUAUGUUUUAAAAAAACACAAUGCUACAUUAACGAAUUAAAAUAAAAUGUCAUUUUCAUUUAUUAAUAAUUUUUAUAUUAUCGUCAUUAAGCAAUGUACUUUGUUGCCAUGAGAAUAAAUAUGUCAGUGGAGCCUAGCAUAUUCUUAUUUCACAACUCAUAUUGUUAGUUUCUGCAGGUCUAAACUUAACUGACCAUGAACAUAAAAUUGAAGAUUUACUAAACACAAUAUUCAAUUUAUUAAAACUUGUUAGAUUAAGAACUAAAAAAGAGGUUUUUCGUUAUCUACGUUCCUUUUUCACUUGCGGCUACUUCAACAGUUGCACUACUUUCAGACCACUACUUUUCCUCGCAUUUAAACUGAAAUUCCACUGUUUUUCGUGCUUCUUUCCCCAGACUAUUCAAAACAGAUUUCCAGAUUACGGGACCUCUUUUGGUGUCAUUCACAUUUAAGUUGGACCCUAAAGACUGCAUUGAUGUGGCUUUACAGCUUCACACUAACAAGAUGCCUACUUAUCUUCUGUUCUGUCCACUGCCAUCAGUAAAGGAACAAGGUACAUGUAUCCACUGGUAUCUGUAUAAACUUGAUCUUAAACUGGAGGGCAGUGUACUUAAGUGAAACCCUGAAACAGUGAACCCCUCUAAAACGAAAUGUUUGUUAACCCUUGAAGUCACAACAGUGAUCAACAUCGAUUUUCUCCUUGCAAUAUCAGUACAUUAUCAACAGAAAAAAGUUACGAGAAUUAAUAAAAUGAUCACCGAAGGAAAAAUGCUUUGAUCUUUUAUCAGUCGUAAGUUGAUGCUGGGGCUUAAGGGGUUAAAUGGGUUAAGCGAGUGAUGCUCUUUACCCCACUUGUAGUAAAGUAUGUGGAAGAUAUCAGUACAACUCCCCCCUUUCCAGGUAAUUAGCCAUUGACUACUCGUUCCUAACUGUCUUAAGAACGGGGGCGAGUAGUCUAGGAAUAAUUGUCUAGGGAGGGGGCGAGUUGUCUAUAAUGACAUAUACUCUGUUACAAUGUGUGGGGUUUUCUUUGGUUAUGUACCGAAUGGUGGAGCUAUGCCAUUGGUGAAAGACGGAAACAUGAAAAACCAAAUAAAUUAGUUGAAUGAAAGUGUUCGUUGAUUCCGCGUGGAUUCAAAGAACGAUUUUUUUAUGUUCUGAGGUUUAGCAUGUUGACUUGGUGUAAAAUUGGAGUGCUGAUUGCCAUGUUGCCACCAAUGUAUUUCUUCUGAUGUGCUGGAAAAAUUGGAUUCACCACGGACCAUCACGAAAUAAGCUGUUCUGUUUGUAACAACUAUCUGUGAUUGUAGAUGACAAGGAACUUCUAGUGAAAAAAAGGAACUAUUAUUUUAGUGUUUUACUUUCCUCAUGUGUGCUUUGAUCUGAAAUCGUCGUUGUAGCUUGAUUUUCACCUGUUUGCAGGAUCUUUCCUAAUAUUGCACCUUUUUAACAAUUUUCAGAUCCCGGCCAGAUGGAAGAUUCUGAUUUAAAUAACAAGCUGAUUCGGCGUUAUGGCAUUCCGAAGUCGCGGACACUGACGUCAUCAGUGUUCACGUCCCCAAUUGGUUCAGAGCAUUACACAUUGUUUGAGCCGCUGUCAGGUGAUCCUCAUCAAGUCGCCCAGCAGGCGUUUGGUGUAAAAGAAUAUGACGAAACUGGAACUAGCUCAGAAUGGCUCACGCGGUAAGUGCAGCAGUUAAUAGUAAAGGAUGAAGACACAAUCACAGUCAUAAUUCUUUGAAACAGUUCUGGAAAACGCAAGCGACACGUAUGAAACCGCAAGAACCAAGGCGGUCCACAUGGCUGGAGCUUAUUCCUGUGCUCCCCCUUGCCUUCCCUUGCCUAGUCCCUGAACUGCGUCUUUCCAGGCCUUCUCGGUCAAUUCGUUUCGGUGACGUAUCCGAGACGAAAAUCGCUCGGACCACGUGACCCGAAACGCAUAGACCGCACGGAAUAAUGAGGCCAAAUGACUAGGCAAUGCUUCCCCAAGGCCUGAUGCUACACUGAAGUUCAUAACACGAUUACCCCGGAAGCCUAUUGCCGGUACACCCUUGGGGAGGACCACACACAGUAUAUGGAGCGAAGUUUCUUGUCCAGCAGGGAAACAGCGCAAUGGCAACGAGAAUGCGCGACCAAGGCGCGAACCCACAUCUCGUGCGGCAAGUGUUUUUUUUUUUUUUAUUGGAGAAAGGUAACCCAUAGGGAAGUUCUUUUUUGCUUGCUGCCCCAUGUAAAUCUUGAUUUAUUUUCUAUCCUAUUUGCUUGAUCAGGCAUUACUUAAUCGCCGUCCACAUGGGCGGAGGCGGUCCACAUGGCUGGAGCUUAUUCCUGUGCUUCCCCGUGCCUAGUCCCUGAACUGCGUCUUCCCAGGCCUUCUUGGUCAAUUCGUUUCGGUGACGUAUCCGAGACGAAAAUCGCUCGGACCACGUGACCCGAAACGCAUAGACCGCGCGGAAUGAUGAGUCCUAAAGAUAAAGGACUAUCGGAAAAAGAUAACUCAUAGGGAAGUUCUUUUUUUUGCUGGCUCUCCCAUGUAAAUCUUGAAUUAUUUUCUAUCCUAUUUGCUUCAUCAGUUAUUACUUAAUCGCCGGUAAAGAGUUAGAGGGAUGCACAGUGCAAGAAAUUCGACUGCUUUGUACCGUUUCUCCUGGUAAAGAGCUGAAUUGUUUUUAGCGUUGAUUUAAACAUUGGCAUGAGUUUUUAUUCAUUCUUGGCGUUAGUGGAAAGCACACACAGAUGGUCUCUUGUUUACUAUCCUUUAUUGUUGCUUAUUUAGGUGCGAAAUCCACGGGAACAUUUAAACUUCACUUAGGAGAAAUCAAGGUGAUUACUUUUCUUAUUGAUUAUAUUCAUCGCGUUUAAAAUAAUGAGUUUUUUGAACCUUCUGGAGGCGAACACCUUUGGGACUAGAGUUCCAGAAGCUUUGAAAUCCUGCUUCUGAUUGGUCAUGAAAUAUUUUCUGGCCAAUUAAAAGAAAGAAUUUCAAAUGAGACUGCCGGGGGGGCUCUGCCAUUUUUCCUGUUAACUUUGUCGGUAAUGACAACUUUGUCGUUUGGCUGCCCCUGGGGUCUCUGACGGUUUAUCGGGGAUAGUUUUUAAGCUCAUCCUCGAACACGGUCUACCAGCACUAUUAUAAUUCAUAUCCAUUGCCACUGCGUUAAAGAGUUUGGGGAAUUUUAAUUUGUGAGGUAUUCUUAUAGAGUGACCAUAAAAUAUAAAGCUAACCAGUUUUGAAAUGUUAGAAGAUAAUUCACAACAUUUUCAUUUUGUACUAGAUCGUUGAUCCUAAAGUUCUCAAACACCCCCUUGCUUCUGUACGAAAUAUUAGAUGCCUCGACUUGAUAUGGAAGCCAACUGACCAGGGGUACAGCUUGAGCCUCACCCUCGUGUGGAACUGUCCAAUGAACGAUGAGCAGUUUGAUAAACCUGCGCACUUCAACGUCUUCAAAGCAACAGAAGAUUCCAACCUGUUUUUGGGGCGCGCUUUUGUCGAGGCGUAUCGAGUUUGUCAACUGCCCGUGUCGAAAAACUGUUCUUCAGUAGAAUUUGUAGUUCAGAUUGUGACUCAGUCUGGGUUGAAGAAGCCUCUACAAGAAUGCAGUCGUUUUAAGUUAAAUUGGUAG